AUGGAGCACUCCAAUAUUAAUGCGGGGUUGUUUGGCAAACCCAUCACUAAUGAAACUUUAGCGGCAAUGCCAAAAUUUGCCGGCAAAGAAAUGGGGCGGCAAGAGAGGGCGGAUGAGGCUUUCGCGGCCAUGUACAAGGAUCAUAAGAAGUCGAAAGCAAUCGAAUUUGUGAAGGAAUUGAAAAGAGAAUAUGGUGAUGGAGUAUCAACGCUGUGUUUAAUAGACAAUGCUACCGGCGACGCUAUAACAUGUGUUGGUGAUCAUGACUGGCGUGGCCAUCUUGAAAAGGUUCCGUAUCCUCCACGGAUCGGCAAUGGGCAGUGGGCUGCAUUUCUGCAUGUCAAAAACGCAGCAGAAGCUAGAGGUUCGGAAGGAGCUAUUGUGUAUCGAGGCCAAAAUGAAUCUGGAAUCAAGUGUGAUUUCAUGCAGUGUUGGUACAAUCCAUGGGACCUGAGAGCAAACAGGGCCGCUUAUAGUGAAGUUCGUGAAGAAAACCAUUUUAAGGAACCUACAUUUUGGGACAUAGUCUAUAACAAGUUGACGAGAUCACCGCUAAACCAUAUAGACAUAUAUAAUGGAUGCAAGUCCAGUGUAGGAAUUUGA